GGCAACACACUGAAGCACGCAGUCACGCACCGUGUUCGCUGUCGAGUGGUCGCCGGGAUCCUAACCUCACAUUCGGCGUUAAUAAAGUCGAUAUACAUAUUUACAUAUUAAUUUGAAACAUGCUGAAAAUAUUGCGAGCUGCUGCUCGUUCGGAAAGAAUUCGCGCAGCGAAAUCCGAGGGGCUUAGACGGUGUAGCAAUCAGGCAACGCAGACCGAAUAUCCGAAGAGGAUAUUCUCCGGGAUUCAGCCUACGGGAAACGUACAUCUGGGAAAUUACUUCGGCGCCGUUCGGAGAUGGGUGGAGUUGCAGAACUCUGGCGAGUCGGUCCUGUGCAGCAUAGCGGACUUGCAUUCCAUUACUUUGCCGCAAAAUCCCCAGAAAUUGCGGGAGAACGCUCUGCUGAUGGCCGCGACGCUGAUAGCGUGCGGCGUGGACUUCAAGAGGAGUAUCUUGUUCCAGCAGUCCAAAGUGCCGAUGCACACGGAGCUGUGUUGGAUCUUGUGCACCGUCACGACCAUGGCGAGGCUGGCGCGUCUGCCGCAAUUCAAGGAGAAGAGCGAGUCCUUAAAGAACGUGCCUCUAGGCUUGUAUAUCUAUCCUGUUCUACAGGCAGCUGAUGUGUUAUUGUACAAAGCGACCCAUGUUCCGGUCGGGCAAGAUCAAGCUCAGCAUAUUCAAUUGGCGCAAGAUUUAGUGCAGAUUUUCAACAGACAGUUUGGACAAACCUUUCCGGUACCACAUGCCCUCAUUAGCGAUGGUCCGAGCCAGAGGAUCAAGUCUCUACGCGAUCCUACGAAAAAGAUGUCAAAAUCAGACACGGAUCCCAAGUCCAGAUUAAGUCUCUUGGACGAACCAGACGUAUUGUUGGAGAAAAUGAAGAAAGCUGUAACUGAUUUUACAUCCGAAGUAACUUACGAGCCAGAAAAACGACCAGGAGUGGCUAAUUUAAUUAAUAUACAUUCUUUGUUAACUGGGAAAACGCCGGAGGAAGUAUGCAUGGAAGCCGUAGGUUUGAAUACAGGACAGUAUAAAUUGGUAUUAGCGGAUAUAGUGAUAGAAAAAUUAUCUCCCAUUCGUAAAGAUAUAUUGAGGUUAAUCAGAGAACCUGCCUAUUUGGACGAGAUUUUGAAAGAAGGUGCAGAAAGGGCUACGGAACUCGCGACACAUUGUUGGACGGAAGUUACGGAAAAAGUUUUUGGUAAUGAUAUACAGGAUGUGAAAAAUAUAACAAACACGGCGAAGGUUAUGUAAAAUAUAUAAUUAUUUAUCGCUAUUAAACGUUAUAUUUAUA